AUGGAAUCAAGCAGGGCCCAGAGAGUUUUCACGAUCCCGAGUUCCAGAAAGUUCCUUUUUGUUCUGGAACUUUCCCUGUUAUCUUACCCAGGGAAAAGGGAUCUACUUAACCUGGGGCUAAUAUAUCUGCUCCUGAACCCCAAACCCUUCCUGAACGGACUGACAGGGAAGCUGGUGAUGGUGAAGCUGAAGUGGGGGAUGGAGUACAAGGACUACCUGGUGUCUGUCGAUGGCAGUAUGAACAUGCAGCUUGCAAACACAGAAGAAUACAUAGAUGGUGCAUUGUCAGGACACCUUGGUGAAGUUUUGAUGAGAUGUAACAAUGUCCUGUACAUCAGAGGAGUAGAAGAAGAAGAAGAAGAUGGAGAAAUUAGAGAAUAAGUUUGUAUAUUUCUGGAAAAUAAAGAUCAGUU